CGUGAAGGGUGGACAGUGAUGCCUGCACCUCCUGGGCCACCCAGGCUCAGGGGCUGCCCCCGAGAGCAGGACAGGAUGGACGAGGACUUCUCCUCCCAGAUGAAGAAGAUGGCCCUGGCCAUGGGCACAUCCCUAUCAGACAAGGACAUAGAGCUUCUGCCCUCAGACAUGAGGCACCACGGGUCCUUCAACUACCUCAAGUUCUUUGAGUACAUGCGCAAGUUCCAGGCCUCGGGACAGUUGGAGAGCGCCAUCCGCAAGGCCUUCCAGACCCUGGACAAGGACAAGAGCGGCUUCAUUGAGUGGAACGAGAUCAAGUACAUCCUGACCACCAUCCCCAGUAACAUGCCCACUGCCCCCCUGACGGAUGAGGAGGCCGAGGCCAUGAUCCAGGCAGCCGACACCGAUGGGGAUGGAAGGAUCGACUACGAAGAAUUUUCUGAAUUAAUCAAGAAGGAGAAGACUCCAAAGAAGAAGUAAUGCCAUGACCAGCCCUGGACCAGCCAGAGGUCCCUGUAGGGCUGUGUGGGGUGAGCAUGGGCCCUAGUGGACAUUCACGGAGGAGACCGAGGGUGGACACAGCCUGUUCCAGGAAAGUGGAGGAAACAGAGCUCUAAACAAAUGCGGUGCCGCUGCCCGUGUGUCUGUGAACGCCUGCCUGCGCCUGGGGGCUGGUGGGGAAUGGGCAGAUGGGCGGGCAGGGGUCCAGGCCUCCCUUCCCCUGGUCUCACCUCACUGGAGGCACUGGGAGGGAGGUCCCCCCCAGCCCUGGGCUGCCUGGGUCUGCCCUCUCUCUUAGCCUGGUGCUUCUUGGACCCAGAACCCUGAAGGGCCCCUUCCUGUGGGCCCUGGGUCUGUCCUGUGGCCACCUGGCCCCACACCCCCAGCUGACACAGCAGAUGU